CAACCAUCCAACAACCGCGAAACCAAAUCACUAGUUUAGUUGUUAAAAUUUGACUUAGUUUAUAUGCUAAUUAAUAAAAGCUCAAUCGCAUUGAGUUUGUAUUAUUCAUUUAGUCCAUUAUUCUGAUAGCUAUUUGGUUUAAACAUGGCCAGCUAAUUUCAUGAAGGCACAACCAUCGUAUUCAACGCCUAUCCUCUUCUCCCUCACACCCAAAACUUCUUCUGCUGUAAACCAUACUUAAGAGCUGCAUGAAAUUCGUCUAAUUUUCCCAACAAAUGGGUGAAAGAACUCUCGUUCCAAUUUUCGUCUUCUGGGCUUUCCUUACCAUGAUCACUCCCACACUCAUUCUUUUGUCAGAGAAUUCAAAGGCAGACCUCCAAUCAAAUGGAAAUAUAACUGAGGGAGUGAAACUAGAAAGAAUGAUUGUGCACACAGAAAAUUAUAUCAUAAAAACAGCUUCAAAGCCACCCAAAUUUCAAGAGGAAUUAGCACCAGCUCCAGAACCAUUACCAACUACUGCAACAGUUACUCCAACUCUGUCACUUUCACAUCAGAAUCGUACUCUUAAACACAAUACAACCCAUGAUGUGCUUACUCUCUCUUCUCCCAGAACAAUACACUUCAAAGUCAAACAAACAGAUAUCAGAUAAACAACUACUCGGUUCUGCUUUGCAGGCUUUGGAUCUCAGAUUGUUGUGUCCUCAAACCUUGUGGAAGAAGAACAACUUAAGUUGGUGAGAAACAGAAUUAAUUCAUUACAUAGUUACAUUGUAGAUAUCUACAUAUGUUCAUACCAUGAUUCUAAAUUGAUAUAAUUUGGUUGUUUCGCAAAGGCUGGUCCCAAGACCAAGUAAUCCCAUUGGAAAAUUUGAUAUGUUAGGGAAAUUCUGUUUAUGUAGUUAUGAAACUAUAGAAAGUGUCUAUCAUACCAUCAUGAGCAAUAGCAUUUUAUAAAACUAAAAGGGGUAAUCAACAAACUCUAUACUUGCACCGAUUAAUGCAGUUAAUUUCAUUUAGAGAAACUAUCAUCCUGUUUCUAAAUCAAAUGUUUGUACUCUGAUCACAAUUGAGCACACCGUGACACUUUUUACCGAAUUAAUUGUUCCUUCCCUCACCAAAGUACAUAAUUGUAACUGCGGCGUAAUACUGAAGCUUGCUUGCUCAUCA